AUGUCUUUGCUGAACCAUAGCUGUGAACCAAACUGUGUGAUUGUGUUCGAGGGACCCAGCCUUUUCCUUCGUGCAGUCCGAAACAUCCAGCAGGGAGAAGAGCUCACCAUCUGCUACCUUGAUGUGCUCAUGCCCAGUGCAGAGAGGCAGAAGCAGCUGAAAGAACAGUACUGCUUUGAUUGUGACUGUCCCCGAUGCGAAACCCAGUCUAAGGAUGACGACAUGCUAGCAGGAGAGGAACAAGCUUGGAAGGAAGUUCAAGGUUCCUUGAAAAAAGUUGAAGAUCUCCAGUCACAAGAAAAGUGGGAACAGGUUCUGGCUAUAUGCCAGACUCUUAUAAAUAACUACGGAGAUCGUCUUCCAGACAGAAACAUCUAUCAGCUAAAGAUGCUCGACUGUGCAAUGGAUGCCUGUAUUAAUCUUUGUCUGUGGGAGGAUGCUUUGCUCUAUGGAAGCCGAACCCUGGAACCUUACAGGCUCUAUUACCCAGGCUUUCAUCCCAUCAGAGGCAUCCAGGUAAUGAAAGUUGGCAAACUACAGCAGCACCAAGGCUUGUAUCCUCAAGCCCUGGAGACCUUGAAACAGGCUUUUGAACUUAUGAAAGUGACACAUGGCAGAGACCACAGCCUAGUAGAAGACCUUAUCCUGCUUUUGGGAGAGUGUGAGGCCAAUUUGAGAGCAGGAUAAAUGGACCAAACCACUGGCCAGAAGACCAACAUUCAGAAGGAAAGAAGACUGACUAUUUCAGACCUUGAUUGUCUAAUAUAAUAAUAAAUGAAUGAUUUUUCUAUUUGCUGUUUGAACCUACCUAUCCAAAAUGCUGUGCUGUGUUUAUCUGGGUGCCUCGUGUUGUCUGUGUGGUUUGCAAAUAACAGGAACCAUUGAGAUAGAAGGAAGCGAAAUUAUAAUAAACAGAAGGUUUGAUAGGA